CAACAGCACGCACUGCAUGGGAGGGCACUGGGUGUGAGGACCAGGUUUCGUCUGCCUCUUUGUCUAGUAAAGAGAAAAGAGGGAGGCAACUAGGGUGACUUGUACGCCAACCCGACGCCUCACGACCCACGCACGCGGUUGCAUGUAAGUCGCAACCAAGACACGCCACCCAUCCACCGAAGAAAGCAAAAAGAUGGCGACAGCCAUGAAAACCGCAGCAGGCACUACUGCAGCAGUGCUCCUCAGGGGUGCAGGGAGGCGACCACUCCUUCGCAUCGUCUCGACGGCGGCGGUGUUCACAUCAUCCCGGCUGCUACCGCCGCCGCCGCCUCGGCCGCCGCUGCAGGGGACGGAAACGGCAUCGGCACGGGGCCGCUUCAACCCCUCAGCCGUGGCGCGCGGUGGGGUGACCAAGGUUGUUGCGUCUGUGACCCUCAGUAGGUGCUCGACGACACGGCGACGCCUCAGCUCGGGAGGAUCGUCGGAGGGGGGGGACGGGGGAGAGCAGGCGGGGAGAGGAGCGGCCGCGGAGACGGGGACAGCGAUACCGUUAGGAUCGAAGCUGGCGUUCAAAGCAAUUGUAGACGGCAAGCCGAUGCCCCCCGACGAUUUCGAAGGCAAGGCGGUUCUCGUCGUCAAUACGGCCUCUCUCUGUGGGCUAACGCCGCAGUUGAAAGAGCUGGAGCUUGUGCACAAGCGUUUCCGCGGGGAGGGGCUCGUCGUGCUGGGGGUACCAUCCAACGACUUCGGUGCUCAAGAGCCGUGGGACGAGGAGAAGAUCAAGGACUUCUACGCGAAAGACUUUGGGGUCACUUUCCCACUCACGUCGAAGACUGUAGUGGUAGGACCAGAGGCUCACCCGCUCUACUCGGCGGUCAUCGCUGAGUUUGGCCAAGAUGUUGGACCGCAGUGA